GAAGAAGAAGCCAUGCAGCGGAAGUAAACAGUACAGGCACUAUUAGCGUUAGCUCAGUUCUCUGGAUGUAUGAAACUAGCAGGGAGACGAUGUUGUAGUCGUUGCGUGGAUUAAUAUUUUACUUCUUGUUAAGCAACAAUGUCUUCAGUUGAGUGUUUGAGAGAGUUUGUCAACCAGCGACUAAAUGCUGCUGCUGAAGAAAUAUUCGGAGUUUUCCAAGAAGCUGUCGUCGAGUACGAGGCAGAGAUCCAUCGUCAGCGCAGACUGCUGGAUGUCGUUUGGAAACCGGAAAUAAAGUUACACAGGAUAGAGCUCCCACAGCAACAUGUCUGUAAGGAGGAGGAGGUCCUCUCUGACCAGCAGCUCUGUAUUCAGGAGAGGAACUCCAGUCUGGACCAAGAGGACCCAGAGCCUCCACAGAUUAAAGAGGAGCAGGAGGAACUCUGCACCAGUCAGGAGGGAGAGCCGCUUGUACUGAAGCAGGAGACUGAUACCUUUAUGUUGACUCCUACUGAUGAGGAAAGUGACCACCAGCUCCUCUCUCACAACUCUCAUGUAGCUGAGAGCCAAGAUCAGAAAGGAGGCAAGCAUGGAGACUCAGGCUCAACUAGAAAUGCAGAGCCAAAUCAACAGAGUCACAAAAACAUCAAACAUCACAAAAGCACAAGUCUCAGUAACAAUGUAGACAACCCUAUGCACUGUGAUACUCACACAGGUAAAAAGCCUUUAAAAUGUGACACAUGUGGAAAAGACUUUCAGACAAAAUCAAAACUAGAAAGUCAUCUGAGAAUCCACACAGGUGAGAAGCCAUUUGCAUGCAAAACAUGUGGGAAAGCUUUCAGAAAUAAUAGUCACUUGAAAGACCACAUGAAAAUCCACACAGGUGAGAAGCCGUUUGCAUGCAAAACAUGUGGGAAAGUUUUCAGAAUUAAUAGUAAAUUGGUAAUCCACAUGAGAACCCACACAGGUGAGAGGCCAUAUUCUUGCAAAACAUGUGGGAAAGGAUUUACUCAGAAAUCAACAUUGAACUAUCAUAUAAGAAUCCACACAGGUGAGAAACCGUUUGCAUGCAAAACAUGUGGGAGAGCUUUCAGAAAUAAUGGUCACUUGAAAGACCACAUGAGAAUCCACAAAGGAGAGAAGCCAUAUUCCUGCAACACGUGUGGGAAAAGAUUCACUCAGAAAUCAACAUUGACGUCUCAUCAAACAAGAAUCCACACAGAGCUCCCACAGCAACAUGUCUGUAAGGAUCAGGAGGUUCUCUCUGACCAGCAGCUCUCACAAGUCACAGUAACAAUGUAG